AUGAAAGACGUUGAACAGUUAUCUCCUAUCGUUACCACGGCCACGGGUGUUCAGCUCGACGGAGAUGCUAAGGUUUUGGCUGGGUUGGGAUACAAGCAGGAGUUUUCGAGAAACUACGGUUUCUUGUCCACUUUCUCGUUUGCACUCUCCAUUUCUGGUCUGAUGGGAACUAUUGCCAUCACCUACCUGUAUCCUCUGUGGGCCGGUGGACCAGCUGCUGGAGUGUGGUGUUGGUUCGUGGGCUCUAUUGGAUGUCUGUGUAUUGCCUGGUCCGUGGCCGAGAUCACCUCGUGUUUCCCAACCUCGGGAGGAAUGUACUACGUGUUAAAAUACGUUGUUCCUCCAAAAUACGUGCCCAUAAUGUGCUGGAUCGACGGAUGGCUUUUUAUCCUCGGUGCUUUGACCGGAGCGUGCUCCACAGAUUUUGGUGCUGCUACCCUGCUGCUUCAGACUGUGUCUAUGUACUCUGACUACACUUACGUGCCAACCAGAGGCCACAUUACUGCCGUAUCCAUCCUGGUGAUGGCCACUCACGGUGCCAUCAACUCUCUGCCUGGUUCAGUGCUUUCUUCGGUGACUAAGUACUACUGUAUCGUGAACAUCCUGUCCACCAUCGCCCUCAUUGUCACGAUGUUGGUCAAGUGUCCAGAGAUCAAUUCUGCCCACUACACAUUCGGCGUUGUUGUCAAUUCUACUGGUUGGGAUGCCAAGGGCUGGUCCUUCUUGUUUGGUUUCCUCAACGUCUCGUGGGUCAUGACCUGUUACGAUGCAAGUUCGCGUAUGUCUGAGGAAGUCCACGAAGCCGCCUACACCACUCCUUUGGCCAUUGCAACUGCUCUCACCACCACCGCCGUCAUGGGCUGGGUCUUGGUUAUUGUCUUCACUUUGUGUAUGGGCACGGAUCUUGAGGGAACUCUUGCUGCUUCUUCCGGUCAGCCAAUUGUUGAAAUUUUCAAGUACUCCAUGGGCAAGACAGCAGCCACUGCCUACCUCUCGAUCUGCUUUGUGGUUCUCUGGUUCUGUGGUGCCGUUGCCAUCUGCUACGUUUCUCGUUCGCUUUGGUCUUUUGCCAGAGACAGAGGUCUUCCAUACUCGGACUACUGGCACCACUUGGACAAGCGCACUGGAGCUCCUGUCAGAUGCGUCUGGUUGAUCACCUUCAUCAACGCUUGUCUCUCGUGCAUCAACCUCGGCUCCGUGACUGCCAUGAAUGCCAUCUUUUCUGCGUGUGCCAUUGCUACUGACUGGUCUUACAUUAUUGUCAUUGCAUUUUUUCUCCUCAAUGCCGAGAGCAUGGGGGUCAAGAAGGGUCCUUUCCACAUGGGUCGUUUCUCCAAGCCUGUGAUGGCCUACGCCUGUCUCUGGACCGUCUUUGUUUCUGUCGUGUUUGUGUUCCCUAACUACAUGCCUGCCACCAAGGAGAACAUGAACUACACUGUUGUGUUGCUCGGUUUCGUCUUCAUUGGUGCUGGCGGCUGGUACUGGCUCGAUGCUCACAAGUGGUAUAAGGGACCAGUCAACAACGUUGACGAGGAGUACGACGAACUCAUCGAGGCUGUCGCUGCCCCUACUGAAAUCAACGAAACCAAGUCCGGUCUCAGCCACAGAGCCCAAGAGGUUUCCGAGAAGAUCUCGAACCCAAGCUCGUAA